UAAUAUACUUGUUCAAAUAACGAGUUUUGCAUCGUUCUUUAUCACAUUCUCAAACAUUCACUGAUAUUCGUUUGAUUGAUCUGAAUAAUUUAAAACAAGUAGUAUUUGUUUACCAAGAGUGAGGAUCAUAGUUUAUCGUGAAUCUUUUACAAGCAGUCGAUAUCAAGUUACUCUCAUGAGAGCAUUUCGCUCAACUACAUCGCUACGAUAAUUUCAAACAUUUCUUGAAACUAUAUAAUCAUUCUUAUAUAAUAUUCUACCCAUAUAAUGCCUCCAAGGUCGGAUUUUGUGCCAAAAUCUUCUCUUGGAAUUGUUCCACCUGCAACUAGAUCGAAAUCUACACAGUUGACCGUAGAUGUGUGGUUGGAAGACAAAAAACAGACAGACGGAGCAGAAGGUCUGUGGCGGGUUCAUGAUGGAAUAUACGACUUGACAGACUUCGUCAAGAAACAUCCAGGAGGAUCAGAGUGGUUGGAACUCACAAAGGGUCAUGACAUCACAGAAGCAUUCGAAGCUCAUCACAUAUCAGAUAUUCCUGAAGAAAUGCUCAAGAAAUACUACAAAUCAAAAGCGAAAACAAAAAGAAAUGCUCCCUUCACGUUCGAGAAAGACGGUUUUUAUCUAACACUCAAAAGAGAAGUGAAGGAAGCCCUGAAGAAGGUGCCGAAGCAAGCAUACAAUAACACAAAUUUCUUCUCCGACGCCUUGUUAUUCUUCACAUUUCUGUUUUCGAUACUAGCAGUGAGGUUUUGGAGUUUUGGGGUUGGUAUCAUAGCAGGAGCGUGCUUGGCGAUGCUAACUGUGGCGGCUCAUAAUUAUCUUCAUCAAAAAGACAAUUUCAGGAUGUACUACUUCCAAUUUGCAUUGCAACAAGUCAGGGAAUGGAGGAUAAGUCAUGUCUUGAGCCACCAUUUACACACGAAUACAAUAGAUGAUUUGGAGAUUUCGUUAUUGGAGCCCUUAUUACAGUAUCUUCCAACGAAGAAAUCUUCUCUUCAACGAAAUGGUUCCAUUUUAAUCGCUCCUUUUUUGUGGAUCACCUACUUUUGGAUACCACUAAUUAGAAGGUUAGCUGAUGCUCCUAAGCAUGAAUUUAGAAAUCUGAAAAUUACCGACCUAUCGUCACUAAUUCUACCAAUUUCUAUGUAUAUCUUUGGAGGACAACCGAUUUUAGCUACAAUAGGAAUGUGGGUUUUCAUCAUUUCUGUUUCCUCAUGCCAUUUUGCUUUCGUUGGACUUCAUGCGGCACAUCACCACCCGGAUAUUUUCCAUGAUGGGGACACUCCAAGGGCCAAAGAAAACUACGACUGGGGUUUGAGUCAGCUGGAUGCUGUAAUGGAUCGAAAAGAAAUAACGGGAUCCCAGUUUCUGGUGCUGACGAAUUUUGGAGACCACGCCCUGCACCAUUUGUUCCCCACAUUAGACCAUGGUGCCUUGGAACAUUUAUAUCCAGUGUUCGAAGAGGUCCUCAAGAAGUUUGGUGCUCAUCUCCGAAUGGUUUCACAAUGGGAUACCGUGUGUGGCGGUUUCCAACAACUCAGGAGAGAAAUACCAAAUCCUAGUCCGCCAAACUUGGAGAAGCAUGCCCUAAAAAAAUAGGUUUUUGCCACAUCUAGGCAAAUAUUACGGCAAUACCCAUUUGUGACAUUCAUUGUAUUGUAUUGAGGUUAUCUUUUGUAGUAUAUUUUGUUAUAUUGUCAGGACACUGACACAGAAAGGGUACCGUCAACUCUUUAAAUCCAGAUAUUGUUGAAAAUAAUAAAUGUUAUAUAUUUA